GACGAUUUAUUUCUUAGAAGUUUUCCCCUGAAUACGAGGAUGCAUAGUUCUGCUUCGCGGCCAUGGGGAUGAAUGCCUUGAUUCGGCUGAAAAACUAAGACUGUUCCUUCGUAAAACUUGAAAUGUUCAUUGCCCCACAUCUCCACUAUCUUAUUUUUCUGGCAAAUACCCCGUUUUGAUCCGUCUAAACAGCCCCUCUCACUAUACUUCCUAGUUCUUCCUUUAACUCUGUCCUCUCGAUAAGACUUCCUUCGUCGUCCGUGCUGAACUCGACUGCUUCAUCCUUUAUGAAUGGAGGGGGGAGUCCUUCUGCGAGUGACUGAAUUUUGAUGAUUUGGAACCUGAGAAUUUUGUAUCUAAAAAGUUCAGUGUGUGAUGUGGCAUGGUGACGCAUACAUAACGUAAGCUGAAGUUCUUGGGUUUGUCGCGUGUUAUUUCGUCUUUACGGUAUCUACAGCACCGGGACUUUACGAAAUUUAGAUAUAGUUGGAUAUGUAGAUAUUUAUGUUAAGAUCUGUAGACUGUCAGGUGUACAAAAGGUGGUUAUACAUGCAGAUUAAUGUCGUGCGACUAGUGAUUAUGUUGGUUUUACACGCAACAAAACUGCAGUUUUACGUCCCGCGACCAAGAUAUCUACACCUUAUUUAUUUAUUCCUUUCGAUUUACUCAUAGUGACGUUUUAUAUACAGAUAUAUAUAUAUAUAAAUUAUAUUGAAGUUAAGUAAAAUUUUUCGAGUAUAAAUUUUGCAUAUAAUAAAAAAAUUUAUUAUAAAAAAAAAUAAUUAUGAUAAAAAAUAAUAACCCUAAUUUCGUCCGGCCAAAACAAUAACAACAAUAGCAACAACAAGAACAGCAACAAUUUCACUUAACAUUUUUUAAACGCGCUCAUCGUCUAUAUACACUCUUGUAAACAAACUGUCAUAGUGUUUGUUAUUAAUAUAUUUUUUUUCUUGUCGAAAAUAUAUGAAAACUAUUUAAAACAUUUUUAUAGCAAUAAAAAAUAAUAUAAAUAUAACAGUUGACGCGAAUGAAUGUGUAAAAUAAAUAAAUUCAAAAUUUAAAAAAAUGGAAAAAAUGGAAAAAAUAGCAAAUAAAUUAGAAUAAAAUCUGCAGCAAACAAGGGCACAAUAUAAAAAAUAUAUCACAACCAGAAAAAUAAAAAAGUGAAGUCGUCAAGCACAAAAAAAACUAAAACAAAAUCCUAAGUACCAUAAUUCUACUUGAACCAUGGUUUGAUUCCCACUAGAAGUUCUUUAAAUUUAUAUUUAUAUAUUUACAAUUAUAAAUAAAUUCAUAAAUAGUAUCUAAACCUAAAUAAAAAAGAAAAAAAAAACCAAAAAAUGUAUUAUAAAUUUACUCAAAUAAUUUAGAUAAUAACAACAAAAAAAAUAAAAAAAACAAAACAUGGAUUUUCCCUAAUUGAUUUCCGGACCGGUUUAUUAUAUUUAAAUAUUAAAAUAAUUCAAAAUAAAUGACAACCAAACGUGAAAAUUUAGUGGUUUCCACCAUACAACAUCGUCGAGAACGGUGAGUGUGACUUGAGGUGCGUGUGAUUGAUAGUGAGUGUAUGAAACGGUUGCAAAGAUAUACAGAAGAUAAUAUGAUGGAUAUAUGGAGGGACCAGUAUGAGCAUCAGCCUGAGAGCACUUAUAAAUACACGACUGUGGAACGUAGCACUAACAAUAUCAGCAAUAAUUCGUCAACGACAGGCCAACGUUUUGAACGCAUUUCAACCACAGGUAGCACAAAUAAUAGUAGUAGCACACUUGGAUGUGGCCAGCAACAGCAGCAAGCACAGCACAUUGGCGGCUGUGGGGCAGGAGCAACAGGUAGUGCUUAUACCACUGGAGGAUUGAGUAGCAGUAGUAAUAGUAGCUAUAGCAUCACCGGUGGCAGGGAUAUCAGCGAAAACCUAUUAUUACCGCAGAAACCCGCUAGCGACGAGAAACAAUCAUUUAGUAAGGAAACCAAGCAAUUACAACAAACCAAGUUACAACUACAUUUGCCGUAUAAGCGAAAGGUCCAAUUGCAUUCAAGCAACAACAAGGACUCACAACAAGAACAAACGCCAAAAGCAAAUUCCCGGGGCAAUAGUAAUAAAUUUGAAAAACAACUGAAAUCUCCUAGUUCACUGCAAAAACAACAAACAGCCAACAACAAUCAAGCUAGUUUUAGUAAUAAAAACAAUACAAACAAUAAUAAUUCGGAUACUGAAGUAACUAGUGGCAAAAAUAAUAUAAUUCCUAUAAAAUCAACAUAUAAUCGAAAAUCGGUUCAACUAAUAUCGGGCAGCAGCGUCACUGGGCAACAACCACUAACGAAUAGUAAAAGCAGUAGUGAUAGUGCAAAUCCUAACGGUAGUACCGCGAGAAACCCAUCUAAACAACAAACUGUAGCUGAGAUACCGGAUGAGAACCAAAAACUACAAAAGGAUAGCAGUGGAUCAGUUGUAAAUAGUACAGACCAAGGAGAGAAGAAUCAAGUACAACAGGAACGACCAGAAAAGACCGAAAGUUUAUCACCUUUAUAUCGAGUUGAAAUUUCUAAAAAUACUGCCGGAUAUAUUCCAUGUAAUUUUUCAUCGGAAGAGACAAAUAGUGGCAAUAUCUUCAAUUCAACAAGUAGUGGUGGAAGCAGAAGCACAGACAACACCAACAAUAAUAAUACUUCCCCGUCGAUAACAAGUGCCAUUACAAGGCAAACAACAACAACAACAGCAACUGCAGUAACAACAGUGCCAGGAUUAGGAGCAUUAACAAAUAGCGGAAGCAAUUUAUAUUUAUUUCGAAGACGAAAUUCUCUAUCGGGUACCACAGGCGCUGUAUGGCAGACAACACUUAGCGUCGCAACGACCAUGAGUGCGGCUGCUGCAGCACCAACAAUGGCCGCGACCGAUGUUAGUGGUGGCCCUGAUGCUAGUAUCUUGGCCGAAGGUGGCGGUGGAGGCGGCGGUCUAGCAAAUAGUAUGGGUAUGCCAGAUGGUGCUAGUAGCAUAAUGGGUGGUGCAACACCUAAUAUUCCAGGCACUACAAAUGGUACAACAAUCGGUGGACAAUUGAAAACAGCUGCUGCACAGGCAGCUGCGAAACGUCCAGUACGACGUGGUGGUAAACCACCACCAGAUAGGCCAACGCGUGCUCUAUUUUGUCUAUCGUUGCAGAAUCCAUUGCGAAAGAUGUGCAUCGAUGUUGUUGAAUGGAAACCAUUCGAAUAUUUAAUUCUAUUAACAAUAUUUGCCAAUUGUGUUGCCUUAGCCGUCUAUACACCGUAUCCAUUUAGUGAUUCAAAUACGACAAAUGCAUAUUUAGAGAAAAUUGAAUACGUUUUUCUAGUGAUUUUUACAGCUGAAUGCUUUAUGAAAAUUAUUGCAUAUGGAUUUGUAUUGCAUUCCGGUGCAUAUUUACGUAAUGGUUGGAAUAUAUUAGAUUUUUUCAUAGUUGUAAUAGGAAUGAUAAGCACAGUUCUAUCGAAUUUAAUGAGGGAAGGCUUCGAUGUUAAAGCUUUAAGAGCAUUUAGGGUGCUUCGGCCACUAAGACUUGUCUCGGGUGUCCCAAGUCUACAAGUUGUACUCAAUUCGAUUCUUCGUGCCAUGGUGCCUUUAUUACAUAUUGCUCUUUUAGUUAUAUUUGUUAUAAUUAUUUACGCGAUCAUUGGUCUUGAGUUAUUCUCCGGUAAAAUGCAUAAAACAUGUUUUGAUAAUGUUACAAAUGAACCAAUGGAUGACCCACAUCCGUGCGGUGAUAACGGAUAUCAGUGUAGUUUAGAAAAUAAGGUAUGUCGUUACUAUUGGGUCGGACCGAAUUUUGGCAUUACGAAUUUCGAUAAUUUCGGACUGGCCAUGUUAACAGUAUUUCAAUGUAUAACAUUGGAAGGAUGGACUGAUGUUUUGUAUGCGAUACAAGAUGCUUUGGGAAAUAGCUGGCAAUGGAUAUAUUUCAUUUCUAUGGUUAUUCUGGGUGCAUUUUUCGUAAUGAAUCUAAUUCUCGGUGUAUUGAGUGGUGAAUUCUCCAAAGAACGUACCAAAGCUAAAAAUCGUGGCGAUUUUCAAAAGUUACGAGAAAAACAACAAAUCGAAGAGGAUCUUCGUGGAUAUUUAGAUUGGAUAACACAAGCUGAAGAUAUUGAACCGGAAACGGUUGGUAGUAUGACACAAGAUGGUAAAGGUAAAACACCUAAUGAAAUGGAUUCAACGGAUCAACUGGGCGAUGAAGGUAUGGAAAUGCAACAGGAAUCUUGGUUUCGUAAAAAGAAAAAAGACUUAGAUCGGGUUAAUCGAAGACUGAGACGUGCUUGUCGUAAGGCGGUCAAAUCACAAGCAUUCUACUGGUUAAUUAUUGUUUUGGUAUUUUUAAAUACUGGCGUUUUAGCAACUGAACAUUAUCAUCAACCACGAUGGCUGGAUGAGUUUCAAGAGGUGACAAAUAUGUUCUUUGUGGCUCUCUUCACGAUGGAAAUGAUGUUAAAAAUGUAUAGUUUAGGAUUUCAAGGAUAUUUCGUUUCAUUAUUUAAUCGUUUUGAUUGUUUUGUCGUUAUCGGAAGUAUUGCUGAAAUGAUACUAACACGUACACAUGUGAUGCCACCGUUAGGCGUCUCUGUGCUACGUUGUGUGCGUCUGUUGCGUGUUUUCAAAGUAACCAAAUAUUGGCGAUCGUUAUCGAAUCUCGUUGCGUCACUUUUAAAUUCCAUACAAUCGAUUGCAUCACUUCUACUAUUGCUCUUCCUAUUUAUUGUGAUAUUCGCGUUACUCGGUAUGCAAGUGUUUGGAGGAAAAUUUAAUUUUAAUAAAGAAGAAGACAAGCCACGAUCGAAUUUCGACAGUUUCUGGCAGAGUUUAUUAACUGUAUUUCAAAUUCUCACCGGAGAAGAUUGGAAUACAGUGAUGUAUGAUGGUAUCCAGGCUUACGGCGGUGUAGCAUCUAUUGGCGUUCUUGCGUGCAUUUAUUUCAUCAUUUUAUUUAUUUGUGGUAAUUACAUCUUAUUAAACGUUUUCUUGGCCAUCGCUGUUGACAACUUAGCCGAUGCUGAUUCAUUAACCACAAUUGCCAAAGAAGAAGAGGAAGAUGACAAUAAGCAAAAAUCACGAAGUCCGACUCCCUUGGAAGGGGAAGAUUUGGAUAACCUGGAUGAUCUUGAAGAAGGCCGCGAAGAUGACGAAAAUUUAGAUGAAGAAACAGCUUCAGAAACGCAAAUUCGUCUAGAUGACGAUGACGAACAAGAUACCUACGAAGAAGAUAAUGAAAAAGCUGUUAUAUCAGCACGUCCUCGACGAAUGUCCGAAGUGAAUAAUGAACCUACAAAAAUCUUACCGAUACCGCCCGCAUCAUCAUUCUUCAUAAUGUCACAAACGAACAGAUUCCGAGUAUUUUGUCAUUGGCUAUGCAACCAUAGCCAUUUUGGUAAUGUUAUACUUGGAUGUAUCAUGUUCUCGUCAGCUAUGUUAGCCGCAGAAGAUCCUCUUAACGCCAAUUCGCAACGAAAUCAGGUCUUAAAUUAUUUCGAUUACUUCUUUACUGCCGUAUUUACCGUUGAAUUAGUUCUUAAAUUAAUAGCCUACGGUUUUGUGCUACAUAAAGGUGCAUUCUGCCGUUCAGCAUUUAAUCUAUUGGAUUUACUGGUUGUGUGUGUGUCGUUAGUUUCAAUAUUUUUCAGUUCGGGCGCAAUAUCCGUAGUAAAGAUCCUUCGGGUACUACGUGUUUUAAGACCUCUCAGGGCUAUCAAUCGAGCGAAAGGUUUAAAGCAUGUAGUGCAGUGUGUAAUAGUUGCUGUUAAAACUAUUGGAAAUAUUGUUCUUGUCACAUGUCUUCUGCAAUUUAUGUUUGCAGUUAUAGGAGUCCAAUUGUUUAAGUACGUUGUAAAAUGUGUGAUUGUUGCCAUUAAAACAAUUGGUAACAUCAUGUUGGUUACAUAUCUACUACAGUUCAUGUUUGCCGUUAUCGGAGUUCAACUAUUUAAGGGAAAAUUUUUUUCUUGUUCGGAUGGAUCAAAAGUUGUUGAAGCUGAAUGCCAUGGCACCUACUUGGUAUUUGAAAAUGGCGACGUUAACAAGCCCACCAUAAAGGAACGGGAAUGGGAUCGAAACAGGUUUCACUUUGACGAUGUUGCAAAGGCUAUGCUGACACUGUUCACGGUUUCAACAUUUGAAGGAUGGCCUGGGCUUCUCUAUGUAUCAAUCGAUUCAAAUCGUGAGGAUUACGGCCCAAUACAUAAUUUUCGUCCAGUUGUUGCAGCCUAUUAUAUUAUCUACAUUAUUAUAAUAGCAUUUUUCAUGGUUAACAUAUUCGUCGGUUUCGUUAUUGUUACAUUUCAAAACGAGGGUGAACAAGAGUAUAAAAAUUGCGAUCUUGAUAAAAAUCAACGAAAUUGCAUUGAAUUUGCUCUGAAAGCAAAACCUGUACGUCGUUAUAUACCAAAACAUCGUAUACAAUAUAAAGUUUGGUGGUUCGUCACAUCGCAACCAUUUGAGUACACGAUAUUCAUUUUAAUUAUGAUUAAUACAAUAACAUUGGCUAUGAAGUUCCAUCGUCAGCCUGAAUGGUAUACGGAAAUGCUGGAUGUGAUGAAUAUGAUAUUCACGGCUGUGUUCGCUUUGGAAUUCGUUUUUAAAUUGGCAGCGUUUCGAUUUAAGAAUUAUUUCGGUGAUGCCUGGAAUGUGUUCGAUUUUAUAAUUGUCCUCGGAAGCUUUAUCGAUAUUGUGUAUUCAGAGAUAAAAGUAAGCAAAGGUUUUAAAGUUAGUGGGGCUGAAAGUGUUGGAGCAUCGAAGAAGCCUGGAACGAAUUUAAUUUCGAUAAAUUUCUUUCGACUGUUUCGUGUAAUGCGUCUCGUAAAAUUGCUGAGUAAAGGUGAAGGUAUACGGACCUUACUAUGGACCUUCAUCAAAUCAUUUCAAGCGCUGCCGUAUGUUGCGCUACUCAUUGUUAUGCUGUUCUUCAUUUACGCUGUUAUUGGGAUGCAAGUGUUCGGCAAAAUCGAUCUCAAUCCAGAAACAUCAAUCACACUCAAUAAUAAUUUUCAAACAUUUCCGCAAGCGGUACUGGUACUAUUCCGCUCAGCUACUGGUGAAGCUUGGCAAGAAAUUAUGCUUGAUUGUUCAUCACGCCCCGGUAAAGUUGUAUGUGAUUCACGCUCAGAUGAUGCUGGGAAUCUUAAUUGUGGAUCAAGUAUUGCAUUUCCAUAUUUCAUAUCGUUUUAUGUGUUAUGUUCAUUUUUGAUCAUCAAUCUUUUCGUAGCCGUUAUUAUGGAUAAUUUUGAUUAUUUAACUCGUGACUGGUCCAUAUUGGGUCCGCAUCACUUAGAUGAAUUUAUACGACUCUGGAGUGAAUACGACCCAGACGCGAAGGGUCGAAUCAAACAUUUGGACGUGGUUACACUCCUUAGGAAGAUUUCACCGCCUCUGGGUUUUGGUAAGCUGUGUCCGCAUCGGAUGGCAUGCAAGCGACUAGUAUCAAUGAAUAUGCCAUUGAACAGUGACGGGACGGUAUUAUUCAAUGCAACACUCUUUGCGGUGGUGCGAACCUCCUUGAAAAUUAAAACCGAAGGCAAUAUAGAUGAGGCUAAUGCCGAAUUGCGAGCGACAAUCAAACAAAUUUGGAAGCGGACAAGUCCGAAACUAUUGGACCAAGUAGUACCACCGCCGGGCGUAGAUGAUGAGGUCACCGUUGGUAAAUUCUAUGCAACGUUCCUCAUUCAGGACUACUUCCGACGCUUCAAAAAGCGCAAAGAGCAGGAGAGCAAAGAAGGUAUACUUGACCAAAGCAAUACAUUGACGCUGCAAGCUGGCUUGCGGACACUACAUGAGGCUGGUCCCGAAUUGAAACGAGCCAUUUCGGGCAACUUAGAUGAACUGAUGGAGGAACCAGAACCAAUGCAUCGGCGCAACCAUACCCUGUUUGGAAGCGUUUGGUCAUCCAUGAGACGUCGGGGCCAAAGUGGUCCAUUUUCCAGGGGCGGAAUGCAGCAAAAAUCGAACGUGAGUGCGAACAAUGGUCCUAGUGCUCUCGGAGGCAUGAUCCCAGGGGAUUCAAUACAUCACAGCAUCACGGAUGGUAUGAACCACAUAACGAAGACCCUUAUGCAAACACGCUCCACCAUUCCGGACAGUGGUCUCAUCCUGCCCGGCACUGGUGGAGGUUUUGGCGGUGUUGGUAUCGUAGAUGGCAGCUUCCACGAUGCCACCACUGGCGAAUUGAAGACUCACGGCGAAAGCAUCCCAAUGCGACCGCUUAUGUUCAACAGCAUCGGUGGAAACAUCAUUCAUCCUCAGUCGCAGCCAUAUGAAUUAAAAGACAAAUUGAAAGCUCCAAUAAACAACGGAUAUAAUAUGAACCAUAAAAAUAGUUGCCGAAGGUCAUUGGUGGACAUUGAUACUACGCUAGAAGGGACUUCCCUGAUUGAUGGAAAUGAUCAAUUCACUUACAAUUUGAAUAGCAAUAACUUGUGUGAAGCAGUUGGUCCAUCUGAAGUCGCGAUCCCGGCGGAUCAUUCAACAGAUAUUUUAGGCAUAUCAUCGCCACAAGUCUCGUCUGCGUCACCCGGGGCUCAUCACCACCAUCCCUAUCUUCAUCGCGAUCAACUUCUGGACCUACACCGAUCGCCUUCAGUUUCACCGGGACUCGGAUCAUCAUCAGUAAGUUGGAGUAAGACUCCCUCAAGUCCGCUUAGUUGCAAUGUCACCGAUAAUCCUGGCAACGCUGCCACCGAUGAACUGCUCAUACCACCCACUCCUCCUGUUUUACGCAAAAAUAAUCCUAGAUUGGGAGCGUAUCUGGCACUAAAUUUAGGAUCCAAUAGUUUUGAUGAACGGCAACAUAUGGAUAGUAUCGACGAUUCAGACGGAGCAGGCUCGGUAAUUACUACUAUGACACAAUCAACCAUAGUUGAAGAUACUAGCGGCCCAAAUGGCAGUUGUGCCAGCAGUAGGGCAGCCAUGAGUACACCAAGUAGUACCAGUACCAGGUAUCUGAAAGAACAUCAAUUGCAACGAUCGCAAACCCAAAGACAUGAGGAUUGCUCCGCUGAAGCCAUGAUAGCAGCUAUGUCUAACACGAAUCCUUCAGACGGCAACAGAUCACAAUCGGUAGGAUCACGAAUAUGCCGGAUUGCAAGCGGUCUACGCUUGGCGCAAUCCCAAGCUAUGGCAGUCGCAGGAUUCCUCCCUGAAUCAAUUGAAAUGCAACCGCGAAGUAACGAAACGACAGCUCCCAACACAGCUAACACAUCGACAAGCAGUACAAGCGAUCUUGCAGCGGAUUCAACUGACCAGGGUGAUACCACCACCACAACCACCUCCACUACUCAUCCAGAAUACAUGGCUUCAAGUAUGACCUCGCUAGAUGACGUGGUAAUAGAUUUAGGUGGUGGAGAUCUUUCACUGCAUCGGAAUUUCCCGAAACGAUCCGGAAUAGAGCGGGUCAAGACUCACAGAGCCUCUUUUCCUGGUGGUUACAUAACUAGAAAGGGUGAAAAACAAGUUCAAAACAACGAAGAACGGAUGAUUUUGAAUGAAGAAAGGUCGCGAAGCAGGUUGCAUUAUCCGUGCGGCUAUUUUCGACAAGGAACAUUGAAUGCAGUUUAUACAGGAAGCGUAGGAGCUGCUUUGGGUGGAGGUGAACCCAAUGGUGGUAUUAGUUCAGAACGCAUGGUACAUUCAACACCUGGCAGCCCACAAGAUCGUCAUCCGAGCUCAUUUGAGGUUGUUGGAUCGGCUGAAAGUUUAGUUGGUCGGGUCCUCGCUGAACAGGGUCUUGGUAAAUAUUGUGAUCCCGAUUUUGUCCGAUAUACAUCGCGUGAAAUGCAGGAGGCUCUCAAUAUGACGUCCGAAGAAAUGGACAUGGCGGCACAUCAAUUACUUCAGCAAGAGUGUACCAAACCCGCUCUCCCGGGACCAUAUGGGAUGCAACAAGUCGUGCCCAAUAACAUAGUGACGACAGGACAACAGACAACAUCGCAAUCACCAAUGGCUGGAAAUAACUACGCCUACAGUGGAAAUACAAUGAAAUCGCAGCAACCACAACAACAACCGAAUUUAAUAGCAUCGUCCGAAACUAGGAGCAGGUCAACUGCCCAAGGAUCAAUGGGUGUGGCAGGAGCGCAAUCGUCCUCGGUAUCGCCUACUUCGCAGGAUGCUUCGCAAGCCGCUAGCAUCUUUCAUAAGCCUCAAUAUCAAUCGCAAACGCCAUCGUCGCCUUUACCAUCACCCCAGAAUCAGCAACAGAAACAACAACAAAGUGGCUUUCAUCAACAGACCGAUCGCCAACAUUUAUAGCAAAAAUUUGAAAUUUUUUAUAAUUUGUGACUUGAUUAUUUCCUUUCGAAGUUUGUAGAAUUCUUUCGUAAACGUUUCACAGAGUACAUAGAUUUUCCAAUUAUCUAAGUAACUUUUUUAGAUAUCGCAUGUUGGACUUUUGACUAUAUCCUGGAUGCAAUCGUGUAUGAAUUCAAAUAUUUCAGGUGGGAGUACCUUAGAGGUUCCCUAAUAGCUCGCCAAUACGUAUAUUGUUUACUGAUUGUCCUAACUUUAUUCAGUUGAAGCAAAACUCCACAUGAAUGAAAUGAAUGAUGAAAACAGGGUUGGAGUCAUUCGUUCCGAUCUAGGCCUGCCUUAAUAAGGAACUCUAGACAUCCCGGUUUCCGCCGAGGUCCACCAAUCGAUAUCCCUAGAAGCUCUCUGACGUCCUGACCUACGCCAUCGCCCUAUCUUAGGCACCAU